AUGAGGCCCAGUCAGGGCGGGGCCAAGUCCAGGCAGGGCAAUGUGAUUGUGUGCAGCGGUUGAUGUCACCCUGGCUCAGCUUCACAGCUCUGUGUUCUCCUCUCAGCCGCUAAACGCUUCGUUAGCCUUUAACAAGACUGCAGCGCCUGCUGCCUCCAAACACUUCCAUCUCUCUCAAAUCCAAUUUUAUUUGUCACAUACACGUGUUUAGCAGAUGUUAUUGCGGGUGUAGCGAAAUGCUUGUGCUUCAAGCUCUGACAGUGCAGUAAUAUCUAACAAGUAAUAUCUAACAAUUUCACAACAUAUAUAUAUAUAUAUAUAUAUAUAUAUAUAUAUAUAUAUAUAUAUAUAUAUAUAUAUCCAAUACACACAAAUCUAAGUAAGGAAUGGAAUUUACGAAUAUAUACAUAUAUGUACAAGCAAUGACAGAGCGGCAUGGACUAAGAUACAGUAGAAUAUUACCGUAUAUACAUAUGAGUAGUGUAAGAUAUGUAAACAUUAUUAAAGUGACUAGUGUUCCAUUUCUUAAAGUGGCCAGUGAUUUCAAUAGGUAGCAGCAGCCUCUCUAAUGUGCUAGUGAUGGCUAUUUAACAGUCUGAUGGCCUUGCGAUAGAAGCUGUUUUUCAUUCUCUCAGUCCCAGCCUUCUGGAUGAUAGCGGGGUGAACAGGCAGUGGCUCGGGUGGUAGUUGUCCUUGAUUAUCUUUUUGGUCUUCCUGUGACAUCGGGUGCUGUAGGUGUCCUGGAGGGCGGAUAGGUUUCCCCCGGUAAUGCGUUCGGCAGACCGCACCACCCUCUGGAGAGCCCUGCGGUUGCGGGCGGUGCAGUUGCCGUACCAGGCGGUGAUACAGCCCGACAGGAUGCUCUCAAUGGUGCAUCUGUAAAAAUUUGUGAGGGUUUUAGGUGACCUCUCUUGUCCGCUUUCUAGCUUUCUCUCUCCUCCUGUGCUGUUUCUCUGAGCUCUCUCCCUCUGUCCCAGACCCUCUCUUUCCCUAUUUCUCUUUACCUCUGACUGUAUCUUUAUCUCUUUCUCUCCCUGAUAUCUAGCUUAUUUCCUCUGUCAGUGCUCAGAUUCAGACACUGUUGGUAGUAUUUGUGAUUCUGAGCACUUCUAAAGGCCUCUAACAGAGUAGAGGGAGGGAUGUGAGGGGGUAGAGGCUUUUUGGAUAGGUGCCCUCCUCUUGGACAGCCAUCUUGAAUGGGGCUCAUUGAACCUCCCUGUCACCCCUGAAUGGUCCUUUCAGGCCUCCAAACUAGCAAGUCGAGACCACCUAACCUUCCUGGGGGAAAGAACUGGGCCAGGUCCAGGGCAUUUAGACUUCUGUAUUACACACAUACACAGACAGAGAGACAUACAGUUGAAGUUGGAAGUUUACAUACACCUUAGCCAAAUACAUUUAAACUCAGUUUUUCACAAUUCCUGACAUUUAAUCCUAGUAAAAAUUCCCUGUCUUAGGUAAGUUAGGAUCACCACUUUAUUUUAAGAAUGUGAAAUGUCAGAAUAAUAGUAGAGAAUGAUUUAUUUCAGCUUUUAUUUAUUUCAUCACAUUCCCAGUGGGUCAGAAGUUUACAUACACUCAAUUAGUAUUUGGUAGCAUUGCCUUUAAAUUGUUUACUUUGGGUCAAACAUUUCGAGAAGCCUUCCACAAGGCUUUGCGUUAUCUUGGCCAGGUCGCAGUUGUAAAUGAGAACUUGUUCUCAACUGGCUUACCUGGUUAAAUAAAGGUGAAAUAAAAAUAAAAUAAACAAGCUUUCCACAAUAAAUUGGGUGAAUUUUGGCCCAUUGCGCCUGACAGAGCUGGUGUAACUGAGUCAGGUUUGUAGGCCUCCUUGCUCGCACACUCUUUUUCAGUUCUGCCCACACCAUUUUCUAUAGGAUUGAGGUCAGGGCUUUGUGAUGGCCACUCCAAUACCUUGACUUUGUUGUCCUUAAGCCAUUUUGCCACAACUUUGGAAGUAUGCUUGGGGUCAUUGUCCAUUUGGAAGAUCCAUUUGCGACCAAGCUUUAACUUCCUGACUGAUGUCUUGAGAUGUUGCUUCAAUAUUUCCACAUAAUCUUCCUUCCUCAUGAUGACAUCUAUUUUGUGAAGUGCACCAGUCCCUCCUGCAGCAAAGCACCCCCACAGCAUGAUGCUGCCACCCCCGUGCUUCACGGUUGGGAUGGUGUUCUUCGGCUUGCAAGCCGUCCCCUUUUUCCUCCAAACAUAAUGAUGGUCAUUAUGGCCAAACAGUUCUAUUUUUGUUUCAUCAGACCAGAGGACAUUUCUCCAAAAAGUAUGAUCUUUGUCCCCAUGUGCAGUUGCAAACCGUAGUCUGUCUUUUUUAUGGCGGUUUUGGAGCAGUGGCUUCUUCCUUGCUGAGCGGGCUUUCAGGUUAUGUCGAUAUAAGACUUGUUUUACUGUGGAUAUAGAUACUUUUGUACCUGUUUCCUCCAGCUUCUUCACAAGGUCCUUUGCUGUUGUUCUGGGAUUGAUUUGCGCUUUUUGCACCAAAGUACGUUCAUCUCUAGGAGACAGAACGCGUCUCCUUCCUGAGCGGUAUGACGGCUGAGUGGUCCCAUGGUGUUUAUACUUGCAUACUAUUGUUUGUAUAGAUGAACGUGGUACCUUCAGGCGUUUGGAAAUUGCUCCCAAGGAUGAACCAGACUUGUGGAGGUCUACCAUUUUUUUCCUGCGGUCUUGGCUGAUUUCUUUUGAUUUUCCCAUGAUGUCAAGCAAAUGGCACUGAGUUUGAAGGUAGGCCUUGAAAUACAUCCACAGGUACACCUCCAAUUGACUCAAAUGAUGUCAAUUAGCCUAUCAGAAGCUUCUAAAGCCAUGACAUAAUUUUCUGGAAUUUUCCAAGCUGUUUAAAGGCACAGUCAACUUAGUGUAUGUAAACUUCUGACCCACUGGAAUUGUGAUACAGUGAAUUAUAAGUAAAAUAAUCUGUCUGUAAACAAUUGUAGGAAAAAUUACUUGUGUCAUGCACAAACUAGAUGUCCUAACCGACUUGCCGAAACUAUAGUUUGUUAACAAUACAUUUGUGGAGUGCUUUUAUGUGCAAAUAUUGAUACAAUAACCAUCAUAUCGAAGUAAAAUUGGAGUCAGGAUGACAUGUUGUGUGGUCCUCCCACUACGACUCUGGGAAAGUAUGCCGUUUAUAAGGCUACAGAUGAAAUAAGUUAUGAUGAACUUCACAGAGUGGUGAAGUGCAAGGUGAUAAGCUUGAUGCUCCUUUCCAAUAAAUAUCGAGGGUCGUAUUCUGGUGACUUGAUGAUUAAUGCUUGGCUGCCGUUUGACAAAUAAAACAUCUUGUUCUUUUACAUUUACUUCAUUUAGCAGACACUCUUAUCCAGAGCGACUUACAAAUUGGUGCAUUCAACUUAUGAUAGCCAGUGUGUCUCCGGAAGGUGGUCAGUGACUCCGCUGUCCUGGCGUCGUGGGGGAGCUUGUUCCACCAUUGGGGUGCCAGAGCAGCGCAAAGCUUUGACUGGGCUGAGCGGGAACUGUGCUUCCGUAGAGGUAGGGGAGCUAGCAGGCCAGAGGUGGAUGAACGUAGUGCCCUCGUUUGGGUGUAGGGUCUGAUCAGAGCCUGAAGGUAAGGAGGUGCCGUUCCCUUCACAGCUCCGUAGGCAAGCACAAUGGUCUUGUAGCAGAUGCGAGCCUCAACUGGAAGCCAGUGGAGUGUGCAGAGGAGCUGGGUGACAUGAGAGAACUUGGGAAGGUUGAACACCAGACAGGCUGCAGCAUUCUGGAUAAGUUGUAGGGGUGGGGCACAGGCAGGGAGCCCAGCCAACAGCAAGUUGCAGUAAUCCAGACGGGAGAUGACAAGUGCCUGGAUUAGAACCUGUGCCACUUUCUGUGUGAGGUAGGGUCGUACUCUGCGAAUGUCAUGAACCUGCAGGAUCGUGUUGUCCAGGGUCACGCCAAGGUUCUUUGCACUCUGGGAGGAGGACACAAUGGAGUUGUCAACCGUGAUGGCGAGAUCAUGGAGCGGGCAGUCCUUCCCCGGGAGGAAGAGCAGCUCCAUCUUGCCGAGGUUCAGCUUGAGGUGGUGAUCCGACAUCCACACUGAUAUGUCUGCUAGACAUGCAGAGAUGCGAUUCGCCACCUGGUUAUCAGAAGUGGGAAAGGAUCAAAUUAAUUGUGUGUUGGCUGCGUAGCAAUGAUAGGAUAGACCAUGUGAGGAUAUGACAGAGCCAAGUGACUUGGUGUAUAGAAAGAAUAGGAGAGGGCCUAGAACUGAGCCUUGGGGGACACCAGUGGUGAGAGAACGUGGUGCGGAGACAGAUUCUCGCCACGCCACCUGGUAGGAGCGACCUGUCAGGUAGGUCGCAAUCCAAGAGUGAGCAGCGCCAGAGAUGCCCAACUCGGGGAGAAGGAGGAUCUGAUGGUUCACAGUAUCAAAGGCAGCGGAUAGGUCUAGAAGGAUAAGAGCAGAGGAAAGAGAGUUAGCUUUAGCAGUGCAGAGAGCCUCCGUGACACAGAGAAGAGCAGUCUCAGUUGAAUGACCAGUGUUGAAACCUGACUGGUUUGGAUCAAGAAGGUCAUUCUGAGAGAGAUAGCAGGAGAGUUGGCUAGAGACGGCACGCUCAAGAGUUUUGGAGAGAAAAGAAAGAAGGGAUACUGGUCUGUAGUUGUUGACAUCGGAGGGAUCGAGUGUAGGUUUUUUGAGGAGGGGUGCAACUCUCACUCUCUUGAAGACUGAAGGGACAUGGCCAGCGGUCAAGGAUGAGUUGAUGAGCGAGGUGAGGUAAGGGAGAAGGUAUCCAGAAAUGGUGUGGAGAAGAGAGGAGGGAAUAGGGUCAAGCGGGCAGGUUGUUGGGCUGCCGGCCGUCACAAGUCGCAAGAUUUCAUCUGGAGAGAGAGAGGGGAGAAAGAAGUCAAAGCAUAAGGUAGGGCAGUGUGAGCAGGACCAGCGGUGUCAUUUGACUUAAUAAAUUAGGAUCGGAUGUCGUCAACCUUCUUUUCAAAAUGGUUGACGAAGUCAUCCACAGAGAGGGAGGGGGAGGAGGAGGAGGAUUCAGCAGGGAGGAGAAGGUGGCAAAGAGCUUCCUAGGGUUAGAGGCAGAGGCUUGAAAUUUAGUGGUAGAAAGUGGCUUUAGCAGCAGAAAUAGAGGAAGAGAAUGUAGAGAGGAGGUAGUGAAAAGAUGACAGGUCCGCAGGGAGUCUAGUUUUCCUCCAUUUCCGCUCGGCUGCCCGGAGCCCUCUUCUGUGAGCUUGCAAUGAGUCGUCAAGCCACGGAGCAGGAGGGGAGGACCGAACAGGCUGGGAGGAUAGGGGACAUAGAGAGUCAAAAGAUGCAGAAAGGGAGGAGAGGAGGGUUGAGGAGGCAGAAUCAGGAGAUCGGAGGGAGAAGGAUUUAGCAGAGGGAAGAGAUGAUAGGAUGGAAGAGGAGAGCGUAGCGGGAAAGAGAGAGCGAAGGUUGCGACGGCACAUUACCAUCUGAGUAGAAGCAGAGUGAGUAGUGUUGGAGGAGAGAAAAGGAUACAAAGUAGUGGUCGGAGACUUGGAGGGGAGUUGCAGUGAGAUUAGUAGAAGAACAGCAUCUAGUAAAGAUGAGGUCAAGCGUAUUGCUUGCCUUGUGAGUAGGGGGGGAUGGUGAGAGGGUGAGGUCAAAAGAGGAAAGGAGUGGAAAGAAGGAGGCAGAGAGAAAUGAGUCAAAGGCAGAUGUAGGGAGGUUAAAGUCACCCAGAACUGUGAGGGGUGAGCCAUCCUCAGGAAGGAACUUAUCAAGGCGUCAAGCUCAUUGAUGAACUCUUCAAGGGAACCUGGAGGGCGAUAAAUGACAAGGAUGUUAAGCUUGAAUGGGCUAGUGACUGUGACAGCAUGGAAUUCAAAUGAGGAGAUAGACAGAUGGGUCAGGGGAAAAAGAGAGAAUGUCCACUUGGGAGAGAUGAGGAUUCCUGUGCCACCGCCGCGCUGACCAGAUGCUCUCGAGGUAUGCGAGAACACAUGGUCAGACGAGGAAAGAGCAGUAGGAGUAGCAGUGUUUUCUGUGGUAAUCCAUGUUUCCGUCAGCGCCAUGAAGUCGAGGGACUGGAGGGUAGCAUAGGCUGAGAUGAACUCUGCCUUGUUGGCUGCAGAACGGCAGUUCCAGAGGCUGCCGGAGACCUGGAACUCCACGUGGGUCGUGCGCGCAGGGACCACCAGAUUAGAGUGGUGGCAGCCACGCGGUGUGAAGCGUUUUUAUGGCCUGUGCAGAGAGGAGAGAACAGGGAUAGACAGACACAUAGUUGACAGGCUACAGAAAAAGGCUACAAUAAUGCAAAGGAGAUCGGAAUGAAAUGAACUAAACAUCUGGGAAAGCGAGAGAGCGGGGCCUCCCUCACUUAUGUUUCACUGAAACACUCAAAUAUAACUCUCCCAACUUCCACUUUAGAAAUUAUAAUUGUUUUAAACUACAGCGGUUCAAUGUUUUCUUGGAAUAGACUAACUUAGUUUAUUCAGCUAGCUAACUUGGUACAGUAUUCUUCUGUGAAAACUGUCCAGGGCAUAAUAAUCUCAUCAUGUAGGCUAUCCUACCUGCACUGUAUCUGGGAGCUGUUGGCUAGAGCGCACGUGCCAAGACCGGAGUGGGCACAUUCACUAUAUAACGAUUUUUUUUUUGACAAAACCAUCAGUAGAAUUUACAUGGGAAUUUAACCGCAAAAGUUAUUUUUAUGUGCAUUACGUCAUCACGCACAGCCUUUUAUCUGCAUCAAGUCAAUUUGAUGGAAACACAUCACUGGUGCUAAAUGCGCAUAAAAUCAAUAUGCGCAUUUACCACCAGGGAUGUGUUUCCAACAAAUGGACUUGUUGCAGAGAAAAGGCUGUGCGUGAUGACAUAGUGCACAUAAAAAUAACUUUUGCGGUUUCUCGCAUAAUUCAUUUUAGAAUAUUCGCAUUAAAAUCUGUUAUCAAUUAGAUGGAAACCUAGCUAUUGAUGCACAUUUAGUUUAUUCCUUGUAUUGGGAAUGCAGUUCACUUAUCUCUUUCUUGUUUCUGCCUGCUCCCAUAACAAGUAUGGGAGCAGGCAGAAUUAUAUUAUUAUUUAUUAUUAUUAUUACAAGUAGGCCUACACACUUUUCUUCCUUUGGUUUCCAUAGUAAAUGGUGUCUGUUUUGGGCCAAGCUUCUUUUCGGUACAUCGUUUGAGUCUCUUUCUCGGUUAGAGAGCAACUGAGAUAAUUAAUGUCCGUGAGAGUGGUGAGUGAGGCACUCUCUGACUUGGAGGAAGGAGAUUAUUCACUGAGUGAGUGAUGAAAUGCUAGCUGUGAGUGAGGGUGUUAGGGUCUGUCUGAAAGUGUUUUUCUACCCAGGUCAGGGUGGUUUAUUGGAUGGUUUAUUCCUGAUUCCCUCGUGUGGUGAGUGACCCAUAUGGACCCAUCACUACUACCCCUCGCUGUGCUCUUGUCCCUAGUGGCUCUGGUCCACAAUUACAGUUCUCUGGGAUUUGAAAAAUGAAUGUGCUUCUGAGUGGUGCUCAAUUAUGCUUGAGUCCUGAUGUUUUGGACAUAGCCUGAACUCUCCAUCUCUUUCUCUCCCUCUCCAGGGUGUACCCCAGCUGGCCUGUGCCAAGGCCCUGUACAACUACGAUGGAAAGGAACCUGGGGACCUCAAGUUCAGUAAGGGUGACAUCAUCAUCCUGCGACGCCAGGUGGAUGAGAAUUGGUACCAUGGAGAGAUGGGCGGAGUCCACGGCUUCUUCCCCACCAACUUUGUCCAGAUCAUCAAGCCGCUGCCGCAGCCCCCGCCACAGUGCAAGGCCCUCUACGACUUUGAGCUGAAAGACAAGGAGGCAGACAAGGACUGCCUGCCCUUCACUAAGGUGAGUUAUAGACGACUGUACAGGCCAUAGCCCUACCACAUAGGACAUUGUCGCUAAAGCUGGAACUAGAGAUUCUAGCAAGAGUUUUAAUUACAACCUAUACUGUUUUUUCUAAACUGUGAUUUUGGAGCAUCUAACAACUGUUGAUUGUAAAAGCUCUGUGGCUUAACCCUGACCAAACCUCAGAGUGAAACUGUUCCUGUCUGUCUCUGCAGACGUGUCCUGCUGAUGCAAGACAUUUUUCCUCCUAGUGUAGAGGACCAGUUAUCCACUCGCACACCUAGAACUAGACGGCUACUGUACCAUUGCUAAAUUACUACAUUUCUGGAUCUAUUCUAAUCUACUCAAAGGGUCAUUAUUUUGGCUUUUAUAAGCGGUCUGCUGUUUUUAAAAAUGCCUUAUGAGCAAAAACUGAAACAAACGAACGUGCUUAUCUUGUUCCUUUCUUAACAGGAUCCAGUGUACUUUAUUACUCAAAUAAUGUUGCCUUACUGUGGGCACUUCCGUGAGUUUUAAUAAAACAUGCUCUCUCUCUCAGCCUCAUUAUUCUUCUAUCCUGGGUGUUUGUUCCUAGAAGAUCUGAAACUGCUAGUUAGCAGCAUGGUAACAAACUCUGCAUCUUUUCUCUUCUAGGAUGAUAUUCUGACUGUGAUUCGCAGAGUGGACGAAAACUGGGCAGAGGGAAUGCUGGGGGAUAAAAUUGGAAUCUUCCCCAUAUCAUAUGUUGAGGUAAGCGAAAAUGUUUGUCCAAGUCUUAACAACCGGAGUGUCCCUGAUAUGUCCAGGCAAGCAUUUUACCUCAGGUUAGAGGUUGGAAAAUGCUGAGUAUGUUAGUGCUAUCUUUUUUUGUUGCCUUGUUAGACAUCUUGCAAAAUGUGCACAUUAGUGCCCUCUCUGCUCUCCCCUGUUGCUUCACCUCUGAAAACAGUCGCAAUAUAUUUGUACUAAACAUACCAUUAUAUUGUCUGGUCAUUGUUUACCUUCUCAGCAGCUCUCCAUAUUCCCAUAUGCCCCUUAAAUACAGCUAGUGUUUGCUCUAAUAAGCUUUAGCAAUCUUUAGCUUGACAUCCUGAGGUAAUUCACCGUUGUCCUAUAAAAGCCUCUAUGAUCACUGCUGUUUUAGGAGUGAACUGUCUGCUGGGAGGACAAACCUUACCUGUGUAAUAGACCUGGGCUCGGUUUCCCGAGAGCUAUGUAAUUUAGGCUUACGAGUGUUUUUAACGAUGCAUCUAUCCUACAACGACCAAAUAUGUAACAUGCGUUUCCCAAAACACCACACAGAGAAGAACGUUCGCUAAGGGCUUGUUGAGGUGUGUCGAUACUGAUAGGAUCGAAAGAAAGAGCGCUGCUCUCGGAGCAGUUUUCUCCAUUCAAAUAUUACCUUAACAUUAUAACUAUUCCAUAAUACUGACGACGGUUCAGCUCCUAGAAAGUUAUUAUCAUGACUGCACAUAUUGAGGCGGCUUAUUCUAAUGCUUACACUGAUGCACUAAAAUCAAGAUUUGGCACAUCAGUGCGCACAUUACACAUCAUGAAAUAUAUUGAGGCAAAAAUUACCGACAGUAGCCUACAAUUAGCUAAAUACAACUCAAUUGAAUGAACAUGAAAUGGAUUAAAAUAUUAUUUAAUUGUAUAGGCCUGUAGCCUAUACUCUAGGUAGGCUAUUUAUAUUUUAAUGCGGUGAUCUCGGUUUUCAUUUGAAGCAUCUUUUUAUCCUUCACUUGUUUGUAACUCAUGGGGCGGCGCACAAUUGGCCCAGCGUCAUCCAGGGUAGGGGAGGGAAUGGCCGGCAGGGAUGUAGCUCAGUUGGUAGAGUAUGGCGUUUGCAACGCCAGGGUUGUGGGUUCGAUUCCCACGGGGGGCCAGUAUGAAAAUAUAAAUAAAAAAAAUGUAUGCACUCACUAACUGUAAGUCGCUCUGGAUAAGAGCGUCUGCUAAAUGACUAAAAUGUAAUAUAAAAAUGUAAAAUGUAACAAUUGCAAAGACAUUGGCAACUUUGUAUUUUUAGUCAACUUUGUUGUGAAGUUAUCGGUGGUCACAGAGAAACAUCUUGAUUGUAUGUUUAGCGGAUGUCUGUGUAUAAAGUGACGCGGUAGGGAAACAUCUAACUGCACACGUAGCUGUUCUACGAGUGGUCUGAGGCACACGUUAGAUUACGAGCGUUUUCAAGUGCAAUGGUUAACGGUACGCGUAUUUGUACCCAACCGUUUGGUCCACACUGUGAAUCCGAAUGAAUACAUAACAAAAAUAAUAUAUAUAUAUAACACUAACCCUAUAGGCUAUGCCUACGCUGCGUUGUAGGCCUAUGCCUCUUGAGUAAAUCUGAGCUGGAAUAAAUAAACAACUAGAGCCUAUGCGCACGUUGUAAUCAAAAUUCAAAUCUUAAUUGCCGUAUUUCAAACUGUCUUUUUGUAAUGCGCAGCUGGGAACUAGUUCUGUAUGAUGGCAAGUGGUGAGGUCGAUAAACCAGAAUUGGAGGAUCCUCCAUCAUUGUUUAAAUCUCCAGUUUGGGAACAUUUUGGCUUCCCAGUAGAUUACAACGGCCAUGUACAGAGUUGUGGAUAAAACGUUAACAGUAUGUUGCCAUGCUCAACGAGAAUAGCCUAUGCAGCUGCCAACACCUCAAAUAUGUUCAAAUCAAAGUUUAUUGGUCACAUACGUGUUUAGCAGAUGUUAUUGCGGGUGUAGCGAAAUGCUUGUGUUUCUAGCUCCAACAGUGCAGUAAUAUCUAACAAGUAAUAUCUAACAAAUACACACAAAUCUAAAGUAAAGGAAUGGAAUUAAGAAUAUAUAAAUAUUUGGACGAGCAAUGUCAGAGCGGCAUAGACUAAGAUACAGUAGAAUAGUAUAGAAUACAGAAUAUACAUAUGAGAUGAGUAAUGCAAAAUAUGUAAACAUUAAAGUGACUAGUGUUCCAUUAUUAAAGUGGCCAGUGAUUUCAAGUCUAUGUACAGUGGGGAAAAAAAGUAUUUAGUCAGCCACCAAUUGUGCAAGUUCUCCCACUUAAAAAGAUGAGAGAGGCCUGUAAUUUUCAUCAUAGGUACACGUCAACUAUGACAGACAAAUUGAGAAGAAAAUAAUCCAGAAAAUCACAUUGUAGGAUUUUUAAUGAAUUUAUUUGCAAAUUAUGGUGGAAAAUAAGUAUUUGGUCACCUACAAACAAGCAAGAUUUCUGGCUCUCACAGACCUGUAACUUCUUCUUUAAGAGGCUCCUCUGUCCUCCACUCGUUACCUGUAUUAAUGGCACCUGUUUGAACUUGUUAUCAGUAUAAAAGACACCUGUCCACAACCUCAAACAGUCACACUCCAAACUCCACUAUGGCCAAGACCAAAGAGCUGUCAAAGGACACCAGAAACAAAAUUGUAGACCUGCACCAGGCUGGGAAGACUGAAUCUGCAAUAGGUAAGCAGCUUGGUUUGAAGAAAUCAACUGUGGGAGCAAUUAUUAGGAAAUGGAAGACAUACAAGACCACUGAUAAUCUCCCUCGAUCUGGGGCUCCACGCAAGAUCUCACCCCGUGGGGUCAAAAUGAUCACAAGAACGGUGAGCAAAAAUUCCAGAACCACACGGGGGGACCUAGUGAAUGACCUGCAGAGAGCUGGGACCAAAGUAACAAAGCCUACCAUCAGUAACACACUACGCCGCCAGGGACUCAAAUCCUGCAGUGCCUGACGUGUCCCCUUGCUUAAGCCAGUACAUGUCCAGGCCCGUCUGAAGUUUGCUAGAGUGCAUUUGGAUGAUCCAGAAGAGGAUUGUUUGGAGGACAAAGAAUGCUGAGUUGCAUCCAAAGAACACCAUACCUACUGUGAAGCAUGGGGGUGGAAACAUCAUGCUUUGGGGAAGUUUUUCUGCAAAGGGACCAGGACGACUGAUCCGUGUAAAGGAAAGAAUGAAUGGGGCCAUGUAUCGUGAGAUUUUGAGUGAAAACCUCCUUCCAUCAGCAAGGGCAUUGAAGAUGAAACGUGGCUGGGUCUUACAGCAUGACAAUGAUCCCAAACACACCGCCCGGGCAACGAAGGAGUGGCUUCGUAAGAAGCAUUUCAAGGUCCUGGAGUGGCCUAGCCAGUCUCCAGAUCUCAACCCCAUAGAAAAUCUUUGGAGGGAGUUGAAAGUCAGUGUUGCCCAGCGACAGCCCCAAAACAUCACUGCUCUAGAGGAGAUCUGCAUGGAGGAAUGGGCCAAAAUACCAGCAACAGUGUGUGAAAACCUUACAGAAAACGUUUGACGUGUGUCAUUGCCAACAAAGGGUAUAUAACAAAGUAUUGAGAAACGUUUGUAAUUGACCAAAUACUUAUUUUCCACCAUAAUUUGCAAAUACAUUCAUUAAAAAUCCUACAAUGUGAUUUUCUGGAUUUUCUCAUUUUGGCUGUCAUAGUUGACGUGUACCUAUGAUGAAAAUUACAGGCCUCUCAUCUUUUUAAGUGGGAGAACUUGCACAAUUGGUGGCUGACUAAAUACUUUUUUUCCCCACUGUACUUGGCUGUACAUCUGAUCUAGUGCUACGUGUGUACAUGGGACCCCCUGGUGAACCCAGCUUAGCACUGCCUCUCCUCAGGAUUGGUGUGAAAUUCUCCACUUUUAUGUCCUAAGUAGAGGGAGAGCAGCUCGGGGCUAUCUGUGUUGUGGAGUGCUCCCUUGUCCGCCUUGUGAUUAGCUAAACCCUUUUUAGUGUUCCUCCUUUGAUUCCUACCUCACAUGAAAGGCUGUGAAAGCCUGCAGUCUGCUCUCCUCUGCUCUGCUGCAUGCCUGAAAAUCGUCCACUCCCACUCCCCCUGAGCCCAAGGUUCUCUCUCAACCCCCUGGCACUGGCAGCAUUCUCAGUAUACUGCGUUCUCCCAUCAGAUAAAGGCACAGGGUGUUUUUUACUACAACUAGUUUCAUUUUGAAGAGUGAAUGCUUUCAUUAUUAUAUUAACGAUUCCUGCUCUCAUUUCCCCUCCUUUCCUUCCCCUAUAUCCCUCCUGUUCCCCUAUUCCCCCUCUCCUCUCCUCCUGUAGUUUAACACUGCAGCCCGUCAGCUGAUUGAGUUGGACAAGCCUGGUGACUCCAGUGGGGACUCUGGCGAGGGGGCCUCGUCGGGCCCCCAGAGUAACGGUGGCCCCCACCGUGCCGGGGAGAAGAAGAACAGUAAGAAACGACACUCGUUCACAUCCCUCACCAUGUCCCACAAGCCCUGUCUGGCCCCGCCCCCCCAGAGACACUCCAUGGAGAUCAGUGGGCCCGUCCUCAUCAGCUCCUCCAACCCCACGGCAGCCGCACGCAUCGGAGAGAUCAGUGGAGGACUGUCCUGCAGUGCACCCUCACAGGUGAGAUAGGGGGGAGGGAAGGAGGGGGAGGAGUAAAUGGGAGAUAGUAAGAGAGGGCUCUCCUGCAGCGCACCCUCACGAUGACAUACUAUAUGGUGAGAUGAAGGGGAGGGAGGAAAUGGAGAGGGGAGAGAGCUUCUCCGUUCCCCCUAGCCCUGUGUCUUUGUACUGUUUGGUUAGGGGUCUUGUAUUCAAUAAGGAAGCCACUAAAUUGAGAACCUUAUCUCUCUCUGAAGCACUCUGUAUGAUGAAUGGACUUAAUUUGUCCAGAACCCUGACUCUAUUGUCCCCAUUAAUGAAUUCCUCCAGAAUUUACUGCAUAUUUUUGUUCUGAACAAUAACAUCCCCUUAAACCAGAAUUGGAAAAACCAGAACGUUGGCCAGCAUAGCAGCUCAUUUGUCUAUGGCUGGGUGUCUGGACUAUGGACAAGUGUAUAAUCUCUGCCAUUUAUUUCAUGGGAUAGGUGAUGAUAGACUAUCUUGGAUGUGGAUGUUUUAUCCUCUCCUGUCACCUGGUCUGUCAUAGCCCUCAGUGUGUGUCCUGCCCAUGUCGGCUCCACUCUGUCCAUCUGGGCCUGUUAAUCAGUGGUAAUGCGUGAGAGAGAGGAACAGGAGGAAACAAUGUGCACCCAAGAUGCUCACGCAACAAGCAUAAACAAGCAGAUUCAACUAACAUUCUUGUUUUCAUCCAAUGUUUGUUUCCCUGACAAAGAUUCCACUCUCCUUCUGUCAGCCCCCCCCCCCCCCCCCCCCCCUGUCAUUCCGAACAGGCCAUCGCUCCAUCCAAGCGUUUGAAAUCACGGAUGCGUGACUCCACUCGCCCGCAAAAAAGACUGCAGCUUAGCCCCUGAGGUUUCCACAGCAACCCGGAAUGGCAACAACUCACAGCUGCUCUGUGGUUGCCUGACACUGUAGAGAGAAAGGGGCUGGGGACAUGACAGACAGACAGUUGACAGACAGUUAACAGACAGUCAGACAGAUUUGUCAGCGUUGUAGGCAGGCAUUCUGUGACUGACGGAAGCUGUGAAGUGAGGAAACCUUUAGAAGGUUGCUUUGUUUUGUUUUUUUCAUUUUCUCUGCAGCUGAGCAGAGAACAGUGUAGAGGAGAACUGCCUCACCCCAGCCUGCCUGGUAUACAGAGUAGGGACUUUUAUACUGACAUUGCAAAUGACCAUACACUCUUUAUAUGAAGAUCAGAUGUUGACUUCAUCUCAUCAGUGUUUUUUUGGUUUGAAGUAUCUCAAAAUAGGUAUAUUCUUUCUGAAAUGUGUUUUCGGAUUAAACCAACAGGGCUUUAUUGUCUCAGUGGUUUGACAGCAUUCAUAUAAAUGUAACAUGCAACAAUUAGUAGCAUUUUACAGAGUUACAGUUCAUAUACGGAAAAUCAGUCAAUUGAAAUAAAUUGAUUAGGCCCUAAUCUAUGGAUUUCACAUGACUGGCAAUACAGAUAUGCAUCUGUUGGUCACAUAUACCUUUAAAAAAAAAGGGGCGUGGAUCAGAAAACCAGUCAGUAUCUGUUGUGACCACCAUUUGCCUCAUGCAGCUCGACGACACAUCUCCUUCGCAUAGAGUUGAUCAGGCUGUUGAUUGUGGCCUGUGGAAUGUUGUCCCACUCCUCUUCAAUGGCUGUGUGAACUUGCUGGAUAUUGGUGGGAACUGGAACAUGCUGUCGUACACGUCGAUCCAGAGCAUCCCAAACAUGCUCAAUGGGUGACAUGUCUGGUGAGUAUGUAGGCCAUGGAAGAACUGGGAAAUGUUCAGCUUCCAGGAAUUGUGUACAGGUCCUUGCAACAUGGGGCCGUGCAUUAUCAUGCUGAAACAUGAGGUGAUGACGGCAGAUGAAUAGCAUGACAAUGGGCCUCAGGAUCUCAUCACGGUAUCUCUGUGCAUUCAAAUUGCCAUCAAUAAAAGGCAAAUUGUGUUCAUUGUCCAUAGCUUAUGCCUGCCCAUACCAUAACCCCACCGCCACCAUGGGGCACUCUGUUUACAACGUUGACAUCCGCAAACCGCUCGCCCACACAACGCCAUACACGUGGUCUGCAGUUGUGAGGCCGGUUGGACGUACUGCCAAAUUCUCUAAAACGACGUUGGAGGCGGCUUAUGGUAGAGAAAUUAACAUUCAAUUCUCUGGCAACAGCUCUGUUGGACAUUCCUGCAGUCAGCAUGCCAAUUGCACGCUCCUUCAAAACAUUAGACAUUUGUGGCAUUGUAUUGUGACAAAACUGCACAUUUUAGUGGCCCCAGCACAAAGUGCACCUGUGUAAUGAUCAUUCUGUUUAAUCAGCUUCUUGAUAUGCCACACCUGUCAGGUGGAUGGAUUACCUUGGCAAAGGAGAAAUGCUCACUAACACACAAAUUUGAGGGAAAUUAGCUUUUUGUGUGGAACAUUACGGGGAUCUUUUUAUUUCAGCUCAUGAAACAUGGGACCAAGACUUUACAUGUUGCGUUCAUAUUUUUGUUCAGUGUACAUUCUAAGUGAUUUCAAUGGGUCUUUCUCCAUUGUGAUUGUUUUAUACUGUUCAAUAAAACUUCAACCACAAAAUGUUCAUACAUUUCAGCAUUUCCUGCAAUAAUUUUAGAUAAUGGGCUGCACGCAACGGGCAAAAAAUCUAGGCCUUCUUUUUAACCAAAUGUUGCAAUUGCCAUUUUACUUGCGAUUUAGAUUUUAAAAACUUGGGUGAACUGUUGGAAUCAUGGAAAUAGGAUUAUUGUAAUUCUAUAGUUAGAAUAUAAUAGUGGGCACUUUGAAAGAGUGUUUUACAUGACAACGAAUGAAACUGCCAGGGAGGAGUCAUUUUUACAGGGUAGGAACCAAAGUGUUGGUCAGUGUUUCCUAGGGGACCCUAUAAUCUUUGGCUACAUUAAACGUUUUCUCUUAGCUACUUCAUGUAGCUAACAUAUUCAUCCUUCGCCUAUUCCGCUUUAGAAGAUACUGUUGCACAAACAGCAUGCUGUUUUAAGCCUACACCAUCACUGGUAUCAGGUUGUAUAGCUAGCUACGUUUGCUCUGACUCAGUACAUUUAUUAGCUGGUUAGCUAGCCAUCUAACUAGCGAUUAGUAUUAGCGGCUAACACAACUAGCGAUUUCCAUUAGUGGCUAACACGCUUUAGCCACAACUUGCUAAUAAAAGACAAACUAUGUAGCUGUUUGCAGAUGUAAGAAAAACGAGUAGUGUAAUUACAGAACGCUUGUGGAUUUAUAUUAAGAAGCGAAGUGGAAACGGCAUAGUUGUCAUCAACAUUGUUGCAUGACAGUGCAGAAUGAAAGCAAGUGUCUCAUUGUCGAGCAACAACAAAUGCACUCCUUGAGUGACGGGGCGGGGCUAGGUCUGUGUGGAAUGCGGCAUGGAGAGAGAGAUGACUCAAAUACCGGAGUAAACUAUACAAAUGGACGUAACACACAGCGUAUCACAUUUAACAAACCAAACUACCGUUUAUAGAAGGUAAAGGUAAAAACUCAAACCGGUCCAUGCAUCAAUACCGGUGUAUAUAGUAAAAUAUGGUAUACCGCCGAGCCCUAGCAUCCUCUUCUCUGUCUUACCUUCCUGGGCUCUGGGCUGCAACACAUCUCAGACACACUGACAUGAUUUACCCACAGCUUCUCCUGGGAAACAGCAGCAACACAAAGCCCUUCUACAACUGGUGGCAUUCCUUAGUUACGGCUCUCGUGUGUGUGUGUUGACUAUGCUAUCAGAGCAUGUUUGUUUGUGUGUGUGCAGGCAGUUCUUUUCAUGUUGGGAUGAUCCAUCUCUCAUUAAAGCCGUGACCCCACAGGGUGGGGAGGGGAGAAUCAUGUUAAACUCUCCAGACCUGGCUUUAUCUGCCCUAAUUAUGAACCAGACACGCUCAGUAUUAUAAAAUCUCCAUGCACACCUGGAAGCUAUAGGACUUAAGAUGGGUUUGAUUUAUAGAUGAAUGUGUUUAAUAAAAACACAUAAAAAGAAGAUAGACUCCCCAGGCGAAAUCUGUGUGGCUCGGUCUCCUUUUCUCUCGCGCCUCUUCUCCCUCCUUCAAAGCAGACAGAAAGGGAAGCAGUAGUUGCCUGGGGGGCCAGAGGGAGGGAGUGUAUGGGAAUGAACACGCCCUCUGUACUGCUUUUAUUUCAGUCAGAGAGUGGAAAGAGAAAUGAAGAGAAUGUAUAAAGGAGCCUGCUGUAUAUGAAAACAGACCUAUUACCCUUUUUAAAAUGUUGUAAAACGGAACAUUUUCAGUUAAUUGACAGUGUAAUUGAUGUGCCAGUGCUGUACACAUACACUCACAUAUGUUCCAUGUAGCUCAUACACAUAAUGUACUUAUUGUGAUCGAGAUGUAGUUGUCCCUGAUUGCACUGACUUUGCUCACAGCUGCUUGUUUGAAGAAGUGUACUUACUGUAAUCAAGAUGUGGUUGUCCCACUGGCUAUCCUAAGUUGAAUGAACCAAUUUGUAAGUCGCUCUGGAUAAGAGCAUCUGCUAAAUGACUUAAAUGUUAAAUAUAACAAAAUGUAUAGCCUAGUACUUUGUGUCUGUCUUGCCUGAUUGCACCUUCCCCUUCCACACACUGCACCGUUCUACUGUACAGUUGAUUGAGUCUGAGGUGGGUCCUCUGUAAUGAUUCACCUUGAAAGGUAGCUCUGCUCUGUCUGAGGCAGUCAUGCAUGGGAUGAUGGAGAGUACAGGGUACAAGGAGACAUCGUGUAUCCAACAGUAUCGCCCUGUUACCAGGACAGCCACAGUGAAUGAGUCAGUGUCACACCGCUGGGGUUCCCAGUCGCUCAGCAAGAGACUUCAGCACUCACCUGUCUUCACCCAGCCAAUGAAAACUUGUGAUUGGCACAACCCAGCCAAUCGUGUCAUUGGGACACUAGCACAGCUUGAUUUGGCCAAUUGGGUUGACUGCUGCUGUGAAGGCGACAUUUCCAUUCAAUGUGACAUUAAGGCCAUGUGUGUGCUGGUUAAGAGAUGAAAUAACUAGUCUGUUAGUUCAAACAUGACAGCCUACUUCUACCCAUGUGAGACUGGAUGUGAGGGGACAGACUGGCACAAAUUGACCAAGACAUAUGUCCCAUCUGAUGGAGCUCCAUUCAGUUGCAAGUUCUGUCUUCUAUGUGUAAUGUCUGCCUGAAAGUAUUAUAUUGUGGGGGAGUAGUAUUGGUUGAGUAAGUUGUCUGACUUUCUGUUUUCUCUCCUCAACAGGUACACAUCUGUACAACUGGACUCCUCGUGACCCCUCCCCCCAGCAGUCCUGUUACUACGGCAACCGUCUUCACAUUUCCCCCAGAGACCAGUUAUGCAUCCAUCCCUGUGGUAGGUGCACUUCUAUAUAAAACCUUUACUGUAUUCAGACCAACAGUUCAGUAUAACAAUAGGGUUCUUGCAACUACACUAUUGUUUCCCUAAUUAGGGAUGGGCGUGAGUACUCGAACGGACGUCAAAGCUCUGUCUUUAGCCAGAGAUUACAUUUAUUAUUAUUUUUUUUUUUACUGUAAAUCUAUUUGGUGGAAUGUGCUUUGUGGCUCCCAGAACAGGAAAGUGAAAUUUUGUCUUGGAAGAUAACGUUAAUUUGCUUUGACUCUAGUGUGCCAUUUGUACAUGUGCAUUUGCGAGGCACAACAAAAAAGAAACCAAGCCAAGCAUCAUACUUUUCUUCUCCCUAAAUUCCCUUUCCCAGUCGUGCCUCAUUCACUCAAUUGCGUUCCGACUGCUCCCUACACACACGUGUGCUGAAUGCGCACAAGCUCCGGUUAGGACUACAGAAAUAAAUGCAGAUAAAAACAUAUCUAACUGAUGGGAAAAACAAGCUACGUUCGUUGCCAAAUGACGACAGUUUUAUCACAAAUUCAAAAUGGACGACAGUUUUGGAAUAAUUGCAUCCCGUCUGUUUUCCUUUUAGGCUACUUUGCGAACUGCUAGCUAUAACCCCCCUAAACAUAGACAGGUUCCACAGUGAAAGUAUGCAAAAACAUUAGUUUGAUAAAGAUAAAAGCAUAUUUUCAUCAGAAUCAUUAAGCAUAGAUUUACUCACCAAACAGAUGUCAAGGCCGUAAUUCAUCGCCAUGCAGUGUUCAAUGUGGAAUUGUUAAUCCAUUUGGAAAAUUCCCAAGAACAGGCAAAAUAAACCAAAUUGAACGUCUGUAUAUCAAAAAGAAUCCAGAUUUUGAACCCUGAAAACAUUAUUUCAAUUUGCCAAAUUGAGCCCCGUUUCAAUUGAUCACUAUGAGAUUAACUGUUCCAGACUCGAGAUGCGCAUCACUUUGCACUGGCAACUUUUUUCAUGCUAUUUUCAAUUGAUCACUAUGAGAUUAACUGUUCCAGACUCGAGAUGCGCAUCACUUUGCACUGGCAACUUUUUUCAUGCUCUUUUAUACUGUUAUAUUACAUGUUUUUUACUAUAAAAUAAGUGCGUCUUGACUAUGAUAAGGGCUUGUGAAAUGAGUGUCUUGUCUGCUAAAUUAACAAAACAAGGCUAUGCCAUUGCAGAGCCAUAUGCUUCUAAAAGCAAACGCCACUGCUGAGGUUACUACCUUUUUGAAGAUUGUGUUCCACCAUAUAAUAUAACCAGUUGAGAUUACGGUUUCAGUAAAUUAAUCUUAAAUGGCACUUGCUUUUUUAUUGACUGAAUGUGGCAAUUUAGCAAUUAAGAUUUGUUAUUAUAAAUGUGGCAAUGCUGUGCACUGUUGGCAUAGGCCUAUAGAUAAAUGCGAAAGAAAACAUUAUCCAGUGCAGUUCUAAAAUUAUAUUUAUUUUCCGUUUGAUUAUCGGAGUAAAAAAAUAAAUAUCAUGUGAGUAUUCGAACAGUCAAAACAUUUCAAAUGCCCAUUCCUACCCCUACUAAUGGUUUAAAAAAGUAUUUAGGUUGAUCUAUGUUACUUUACUUACAUCAGUCUCCUCCAUACACGAUAGCAUGUAUCUGUGGCAUGCUCAGCUGACUGUGUGUGUGGCUGUGUUGGUAUGUGGUACUGCUGAACGGGGGAGAAUGUGUACACAAAGGUUAAUCUCUCCGCUUCACUGGGGAACUAACUCUACAUUAUGUUGCUGUACAGAUGAUUUCUCUGGCCUGCAGGCAAUGACAUUAUCUCAGCUCCAGCGUCAGCAGCACACCCACAGACAUGGUAGCGUGUAGGCCCUUCUGAGUGUAUUUCCACCACCCUCCCCCACUGCUCCAUGGUAGUUAUGUCUGUCUGCUCCUCAGGCCUGUUAAUGUCAAGCUGAGACACAUUUGUCUUGUUCCUGGAGAUGGGGCCUGAAUUAUUUACCGUCUGCAAUGCCUUUCUCUGCAGAUAUAUUGAUAGGUUUGCAUGUUUAGAAGAAAACAACCCCCUUUCCCAGUACACCAAUAUGUCAGUGUGUAUGAUUGUGUAAGAGUUGUUUUGGUCACGUUAGAGGCCUAUGCCAAUAGGAGGGAAAGGAGAGCCCAGAAGAAUCUGCUAGGAGCAGCCCUGAGGGCUAAACUAUAUAAUGUUUACAGAAAUGUUUUCACUUUCAUAUGGUUCCAAUUAAACACAGUAAUGGAUUCACCUGGCCCCAGUCUCGUUUCUAUAGCAACAAACAAACAAGCACAAUGGAGAUUCCUUCCCAGUUCUAUGGGGAAGUUGGGGACAAGACCAAACUUCUGUGCCAAGCGAUACUCUCCCUCAUUGAACAGAGUAAACGAUAUCCCUCUUUCACCAUGCAGUUUCUCUCAUUAUGUAACACCUAGUCAUUGGUUAAAAGGCCAGGGGUAUGGUUCUCAUGUAUCAUUGCAUCAAGAGCUAUAAUGUAAUUCUGUCAUGUUGCACUGAAGGCAGUGAGUCGUUUACUUGUUUCCUGUCUUUCGGUUCCAAACAAUACAGGUUUUUUAUGUGAGGGAUUUGCUUCAAGCUUAUUGUGAACUGUUCUGUGCUGUCUGAUCUCUGUUUCAGACUGUGUUUUUUUGUUGUUGUUGACAGGAUGCUCUCCCUCCUCCCCCACCACCUCCCCCACAAUCUUCAGCGCUGGGAGCAGCCUCCUCAUUGGCUGCCGGUCAGAGACCUUCCCCCAGCACAAGCGACCAGAGUGGGAGACAAAGACCCACAGUGUGAGUACACACACACACACACACACACACACACACACACACACACACAAAGAUAUACAUGUAACACUCUUCCAUGUAUAAAGUACCAGCACACUAAACCAGAGAGAACAUGCAGUGAAACAGCACGUUCUACACAUGGCUAGGGCAUGGGGGUGUCUGUGUUCUGGGAGUUCUCCAAGCCUCUAAAUGACCGCUCAGCUGUCAGUGUGGAGCACCAGAGGUUGACCCAGAGCACAGGUGAAGGGUGAAAGGUCAACACCUGUGGGGUAUGGCGUCUCCUGGGUCCUAUCAGAGAUCCUGCCUGUGACCCCUGGCCUCUCACAUCAUUACUCCUCUGAGAGACUCCAGACACCUGAUAGGAAUUAGAUACGGCCCACCUCCCCAAAGUGUCUGUGUGUUAAAGCAUUUCUCUUCAGUUCCCCUCCCCUGACACCAGUGAAAGUGUUUAUGCUGUCUGUCAGCAGUGGUUCUUUAAAGCCUCUUCCCCUCUGAGGUUCUUGGAGACUUGUCUUUCCCACUUCCUUUACAGCACCUCAGUGGAGCCCUGACUCACACAGCUGUGUCAUGCAGAACGUUGCCAUAGUAUUCCUCUACAGCAGGGAUGGGCAACUUUGAUGUGGGUGAACUCAUCAUGAGGGGCCGCAGUGGCUCCCGGGUCUACGUACCCACAUCCAUACACACACCGGCAGUCAGAGCCGGCCCUAGCCUUUUGGGGGCCCCCAGGGAAAUGUAAUUUCCUGCAAUACUACACAUUUUGCCAUGUGGCGUACAGAAAAUGUUGUACUUUUAAAGCAAGUAUGUUGCAAUUCUACCAAUUUUGGAAUGGGGUGGAGAGAAGAUUUAGCAAUUUUAUAUAUCAUUUUGCCAUGGGGCAUUCUACACAUUUUGCGUUAGUGACUAACAAAAUCAACGGGGGCCCCCCGGUCGGUAAUUCGACCAUGAUUACUACAAGUUUAGACACAGUGCCUAUAUACAGUUGAAGUCAGAAGUUUACAUACCCCUUACCCAAAUACAUUUAAACUCAGUUUUUCACAAUUCCUGACAUUUAAUCCUAGUAAAAAUUCCCUGUCUUAGGUCAGUUAGGAUCACCACUUUAUUUUUAGAAUGUGAAAUGUCCGAAUAAUAGUAGAGUGAUUUAUUUAAGCUUUUAUUUCUUUCAUCACAUUCCCAGUGGGUCAGACGUUUACAUACACUCAAUUAGUAUUUGGUAGCAUUGCCUUUAAAUUGUUUAACUUGGGUCAAACGUUUCGGGUAGCCUUCCACAAGCUUCCCACAAUAAGUUGGGUGAAUUUUGGCCCAUUCCUCCUGACAGAGCUGGUGUAACUGAGUCAGGUUUGUAGGCCUCCUUGCUCGCACACGCUUUUUCAGUUAUGCCAUCACAUUUUCUAUAGGAUUGAGGUCAGGGCUUUGUGAUGGCCACUCCAGUACUUUGACUUUGUUGUCCUUAAACCAUUUUUCCACAACUUUGGAAGUAUGCUUGGGGUCAUUGUCCAUUUGGAAGACCCAUUUGCGACCAAGCUUUAACUUCCUGACUGAUGUCUUGAGAUGUUGCUUCAAUAUAUCCACAUAAUUGUCCUUCCUCGUGAUGCCAUCUACGUUGUGAAGUGCACCAGUCCAUCCUGCAGCAAAGCACCCCCACAGCAUGAUGCUGCCACCCCGUGCUUCACGGUUGGGAUGGUGUUCUUCGGCUUGCAAGCAACCCCCUCCAAACAUAACGAUGGUCAUUAUGGCCAAACAGUCCUAUUUUUGUUACAUCAGACCAGAGGACAUUUCUCCAAAAAGUACGAUCUUUGUCCCCACGUGCAGUUUCAAACCGUAGUCUGGCUUUCUUAUGGCGGUUUUGGAGCAGUGGCUUCUUCCUUGCUGAGCGGCCUUUCAGGUUAUGUCGAUAUAGGACUCGUUUUACUGUGGAUAUACACUGCUCAAAAAAAUAAAGGGAACACUAAAAUAAAACAUCCUAGAUCUGAAUGAAUUAAAUAAUCUUAUUAAAUACUUUUUUCUUUACAGAGUUGAAUGUACUGACAACAAAAUCACACACAAAUUAUCAAUGGAAAUCAAAUUUAUCAACCCAUGGAAGUCUGGAUUUGGAGUCACCCUCAAAAUUAAAGUGGAAAACCACACUACAGGCUGAUCCAACUUUGAUGUAAUGUCCUUAAAACAAGUCAAAAUGAGGCUCAGUAGUGUGUGUGGCCUCCACGUGCCUGUAUGACCUCCCUACAAUGCCUGGGCAUGCUCCUGAUGAGGUGGCGGAUGGUCUCCUGAGGGAUCUCCUCCCAGACCUGGACUAAAGCAUCCGCCAACUCCUGGACAGUCUGUGGUGCAACGUGGUGUUGGUGGAUGGAGCGAGACAUGAUGUCCCAGAUGUGCUCAAUUGGAUUCAGGUCUGGGGAACGGGCGGGCCAGUCCAUAACGUCAAUGCCUUCCUCUUGCAGGAACUGCUGACACUCCAGCCACAUGAGGUCUAGCAUUGUCUUGCAUUAGGAGGAACCCAGGGCCAACCGCACCAGCAUAUGGUCUCACAAGGGGUCUGAGGAUCUCAUCUCGGUACCUAAUGGCAGUCAGGCUACCUCUGGCGAGCACAUGGAGGGCUGUGCGGCCCCCCAAAGAAAUGCCACCCCACACCAUGACUGACCCACCGCCAAACCGGUCAUGCUGGAGGAUGUUGCAGGCAGCAGAACGUUCUCCACGGCGUCUCCAGACUCUGUCACGUCUGUCACAUGUGCUCAGUGUGAACCUGCUUUCAUCUGUGAAGAGCACAGGGCGCCAGAGGCGAAUUUGCCAAUCUUGGUGUUCUCUGGCAAAUGCCAAACGUCCUGCACGGUGUUGGGCUGUAAGCACAAAACCAACCUGUGGACGUCGGGCCCUCAUACCACCCUCAUGGAGUCUGUUUCUGACCGUUUGAGCAGACACAUGCACAUUUGUGGCCUGCUGGAGGUCAUUUUGCAGGGCUCUGGCUGUGCUCCUCCUGCUCCUCCUUGCACAAAGACGGAGGUAGCGGUCCUGCUGCUGGGUUGUUGCCCUCCUACGGCCUCCUCCACGUCUCCUGAUGUACUGGCCUGUCUCCUGGUAGCGCCUCCAUGCUCUGGACACUACGCUGACAGACACAGCAAACCUUCUUGCCACAGCUCGCAUUGAUGUGCCAUCCUGGAUGAGCUGCACUACCUGAGCCACUUGUGUGGGUUGUAGAUUCCGUCUCAUGCCACCACUAGAGUGAAAGCACCGCCAGCAUUCAAAAGUGACCAAAACAUCAGCCAGGAAGCAUAGGAACUGAGAAAUGGUCUGUGGUCACCACCUGCAAAACCAGUCCUUUAUUGGGGGUGUCUUGCUAAUUGCCUAUAAUUUCCACCUGUUGUCUAUUCCAUUUGCACAACAGCAUGUGAAAUUUAUUGUCAAUCAGUGUUGCUUCCUAAGUGGACAGUUUGAUUUCACAGAAGUGUGAUUGACUUGGAGUUACAUUGUGUUGUUUAAGUGUUCCCUUUAUUUUCUUGAGCAGUGUAGAUACUUUUGUACUUGUUUCCUCCAGCAUCUUCACAAGGUCCUUUGCUGUUGUUCUGGGAUUGAUUUGCACUUUUCGCAUCAAAGUACGUUCAUCUUUAGGAGACAGAACGCGUCUCCUUCCUGAGCGGUAUGACGGCUGCGUGGUCCCAUGGUGUUUAUACUUGCGUACUAUUGUUUGUACAGUUGAACGCGGUACCUUCAGGAGUUUGGAAAUUGCUCCCAAGGAUGAACCAGACUUGUGGAGGUCUACAAUUCUUUUCUGAGGUCUUGGCUGAUUUCUUUUCAUUUUCCCAUGCUGUCAAGCAAAGAGGCACUGAGUUUGAAGGUAGGCCUUGAAAUACAUCCACAGGUACACCUCCAAUUGACUCAAAUUAUGUCAAUUAGUCUAUCAGAAGCUUCUAAAGCCAUGACAUCAUUUUCUGGAAUUUUCCAAGCUGUUUAAAGGCACAGUCAACUUAGUGUAUGUAAACUUCUGACCCACUGGAAUUGUGAUACAGUGAAUUAUAAGUGAAAUAAUCUGUCUGUAAACAAUUGUUGGAAAAAUUACUUGUUUCAUGCACAAAGUAGAUGUCCUAACUGACAUUCCAAAACUAUAGUUUGUUAACAAGAAAUGUGUGGAGUGGUUGAAAAAUUAGUUUUAAUGACUGGAAACUUCAGACUUCAACUAUAGUUAGUCUAGCAAGGACUGUAGCUAGCAAGACUAACUGACAUGGGCUAAUUGAGUGACUCAGAAACCAUGUUUCCAUCCACAGUUUUUAUGCGACAGCUGUGAUGGAAACAGGAUGUUUUUGUACAAUUUUAUAAAUGCCAACAGAUAAUUUGUUCGUUCGACAUGGUGGGAUCUUUUUGUGUCUGUAAAGUUAAUUAUGCGAGAAAUGGCAGUUUAAACGGCUUUAUGCGCAAAUAUUGAUAUAACAACCAUCAAAUCGAAAUAAACUUGGAGUGACGCAAUGAUAUGUUGUGUGGUCCUCUCACUACAACUCGGGAAACCGUGCAGUUUAUUAGGCUACAGAUGAAAUAAGUUAUGAUGAACUUCACAGUGUGGUAAAAGUGCACAAUGCGCUUGAUGCUCCUUUCCAAUUAAUAUCAAGGGUCUUAUUCUGGUGACAUGAUUAUGGAUGCUUGACUGCCGUUUGACAAAUACAAAUAUUCUCGUUCUUAUCCAUAAUCCAGCCUACCCCGCACAGCCUUCGCACUGUAUCUGCAAGCUGUUGGAUAGAGCGCACAUGCAAAGACCAGCGUAGCCCCUAAUAAAAAAGAAUCUGACCAAAACUAUCGAUAGAGUUGAAAAUGCGAUGGAAACACAUUGAACUUUUAGAUUUUUAUUUGGUACAUGAAAACUUAAGCUAAAAAGUACAUUUUGUUUGCACUAUGUCAUCAUACACUGAUUUUUAUCUGCAACAAGUCAGUUUGGUGGAAACACCACUGAUGGGAAAAUGUACGUUUUCUUUAUGCAGAUCUUUUUUAUAUUAGCAUGAAAAUCUGUCCCCAGUUGGAUGGAAACCUAGCUGCUGACUGACAUAAGAGAGAAACUGCUGAUGCACAACCAAAUUUCGAAAUUGCAUCUGGUGUAUUCUACAAUUAUAACGCUCAACAGUGAGUUGAAUAUUUAUUUAUUGUUUUAUAUUGGGGGGGGGGUAAUUGAUCCACUGGCCGCCAGUUGCCCAUCCCUGCUCUACAGUAAUAUAGUGCCUCUUUCUCUGAACGUACUGUAGGAAGACCAGUCCAGAGAGGAAUGUCCAACUCGGUCAGCCAGUAAGUGCCUACUAGAGAGAGAGGGGAGAUGUUGAUGGACAUACUGUAGCCUGUGGAAGGGGGGUACAUUUUGCUCAUGUGACAGAUUAGAUGUUUUGAACCCACAACAUGUCUUUGAGUCAUUUCCUCCUGAGGUUAAUUUGACGGUCCCUGUGUGUAUGGCCACGUGUGUGCCUCGGUGUGUGUCCAUGUGUGUGUUUGAUGUGUCCCGUCUCUCUCUCCCCCCUCUACAGCUACGUGGCCCUGUUUCCCUACACCCCCCGUAAGGAGGAUGAGCUGGAGCUGAGGAAGGGAGAGAUGUUCCUGGUGCUGGAGCGCUGUCAGGACGGAUGGUUCAAAGGCACCUCCAUGCACACUGGCAAAAUAGGAGUGUUCCCCGGCAACUACAUGAGCCCCGUCAGCAGGUCUGUCACAGACGCAGACAUUACGCAUGCAAACACGCACAUACACUACAUGAACAAAAGUAUGUGGACACCUGCUCGACAAACAUCUCAUUCUAAAAUCAUAGGCAUUCUUAUGGAGUUGGUCCGCCCUUGGCUGCUAUAACAGCCUCCACUCCUCUGGGAAGGCUUUCCACUAGAUGUUGGAACAUUGCUGCAGGGACUUGCUUCCAUUCCGCCACAAGAGCAUUAGUGAGGUUGGGCACUGAUGUUGGGCGAUUAGGCCUGGCUCGCAGUCGGCUUUCCAAUUCAUCCCAAGGUGUUAGAUGGGGUUGAGGUCAGGGCUCUGUGCAGGCCAGUCAAGUUCUUCUACUCCGAUCUCGACAAACCAUUUCUGUAUGGACCUCGCUUUGUGCACGCGGGCAUUGUCAUGCUGAAACAGGCAAGGGCCUUCUCCAAACUGUUGCCACAAAGUUGGAAGCACAGAAUCGUCAUUGUAUGCUGUAGCAUUAAGAUUUCCCUUCACUGGAAUUAAGGGGCCUAGCCCGAACCAUGAAAAACAGCCCCAGACCAUUAUUCCUCCUCCACCAAACUUUACAGUUGGCACUAUGCAUUGGGGUAGGUAGCGUUCUCCUGGCAUCCGCCAAACCCAGAUUCGUUCGUCGGACUGCCAGAUGGUGAUGCAUGAUUCAUCACUCCAGAAAACGUUUCCACUGCUUCAGAGUCCAAUGGCGGCGAGCUUUACACCACUCCAGCCAUCGCUUGGCAUUGCGCAUGGUGAUCUUAGGCUUGUUUGCGGCUGCUCGGCCAUUCAAACCCAAUAUCAUGAAGCUCCCAAUGAACAGUUAUUGUGCCAACGUUGUUUCCAGAGGCAGUUUGGAACUCGGUAGUGAGUGUUGCAACCGAGGACAGAGAAUUUUUCAGCACUCGGCGGUCCUGUUCUGUGAGCUUGUGUGGCCUACCACUUCGCGGCUGAGCCGUUGUUUCUUCUAGACAUUUCCACUUCACAAUAACAGCACUUACAGUUGACCGGGACAGCUCUAGCAGGGCAGACAUUUAACCAACUGACUUGUUGGAAAGGUGGCAUCCUAUGACAGUGCCACGUUGAAAGGCACUGAGCUCUUCAGUAAAGCCAUUCUACUGCCAAUGUUUGUCUAUGGAGAUUGCAUGGCUGUGUGCUCGAUUUCAUACACCUGUCAGCAACGGGGAAUCCAGUUGAAAGCUAUGAUCCCUUAUUGAUGUCACUUAUUAAAUCUACUUCAAUCAGUGUAGAUGAAGGGGAGGAGACAGGUUAAAGAAGGAUUUUUAAGCCUUGAGACAAUUGAGACAUGGAUUGUGUAUGUGUGCCAUUCGGAGGGUAGUGCUGAGCGAUUAGUGCUUUUUGAGGUCGGGUUCGAUUCUUUUUUAUUUUUUAUCACAGUUUUCAAUUUCGAUUUCUAUAAAAAUGUUUUAACAUGAAAUGCAUUAGGAAAUAAAUACGUUACUAUGAUUGUAGAGCUUUUUAAUGGAAAUUCCAAAGCCAAAAAUAGUCAACCAUUGUCUCUGAUCAGGUCCACAUUGGGUAGACAUCAAUAGGAAAUUACUAUGAAAUAUUAAAAUAUUUAAGUUGUGUAUAUUACUUUCUAUUUGAUGACUAUUCUUUUUCAUUCCUGUCAUCUCAGGCAGUAGCAGCCAGCCAGCCAGACAACCAUCUAACAUUAUCUCUGUGCUCCCCAUACUGUACUGUCUUUAGUCAUCCUAUUUAGCUAGCCUGCCUAAUUAUGCUGCUUAGCUGUCUGACGAUAUCAUUUUACUAGUUCUUCAAAGUAGAUAAGGCAUACUUUAACAAACUGUCUAUGUCUCUCUCGUCGUUGUGUACAUUCCUCUCUGUGGUCUAUGCUGUAUCAGUCCAGAGAUCUGUAUAUAAUAAUAUAAGAAUAUAUAAUAAUAAUAAUAAUAAAAUGACGAAUAAAAUUCCUCUCUAAUGUGGUCUAUGCUGUAUCAGUCCAGAGAUCUGUAUAUAAUAUAAUAAUAAUAAUAAUAAUAAUAAUAAUAAUACCGUAUUUUCCGGAGUAUAAGCCGCAGCAGCUAAAUUGAAUGAUAUUGAAUGAUGUGUACAUAUAUAAGCCGCACUGGACUAUAAGCCGCAGGUGUUUUAAUGUUUAAUUACCAUAUGUAAGGGUUCAUGCACAGAGGGGAUUGUCGGGAAAGAGACAAACUGUCUCGCUCUCGUAAUGUCUGUCUGUCUUGCUCUCGUUCUGUCUCUCGUUCUGUCUCUCGUACCACUCUCGGUUCCACUUUUACUUUUGCGCGCUACCUGUCUCACUCUUUUCCGGCCUCCAGCUUUUCCUGCUGGAGCCCGCCGCUUAAAGGUGGGGGGCGCGGACCGGUCAUAGAGCCCAUAGAGUUAAAGUUGGUGGACUGUAACCUGUAAAAUCCAUAGAUUUAGGAGGUCUUCUAGUGGCCGUUAGCUGUAAAAAUCCAUAGAUUAGCCGCACCGUUAUAUAAGCCGCAGGGUCGAAAAAUUGGAAAAAAGGCGCGGCUUAUAGUCCGAAAAUUACGGUAAUAAUAUAAUGACGAGAUGCUCAUGUCUCUGCCCUAACAAUUGGAGUUGUUGUCUCAAAGGCGGGAAGGCAGGCGACAAGCUUCGGUCCAGAGUUGUCAAGGGUGAAACCUCUCGCUUCGCCUCUUCCUCUCUGAUCCGGAAAAAACUGGCCCAAUGGAUUAUGGUCAUUGUAGUUAAUUGCCAUGUUUCUGCACGGAACUAGGUUGAAUAUUGCCUUAAUGAAAACUACAACUCCCUUCAGCCCAGCAUCCCACAAACUCAGCAAAAAAAGAAACGUCCCUUUUUCAGGACCCAGUCUUAAUUUGUAAAAAUCAAAAUAACUGCACAGAUCUUCAUUGUAAAGGGUUUCCCAUGCUUGUUCAAUGAACCAUAAACAAUUAAUGAACAUGCACCUAUGGAACGGUCGUUAAGACACUAACAGCUUAGACGGUAGGCAAUUAAGGUCACAGUUACAGUGGGGGAAAAAAGUAUUUAGUCAGCCACCAAUUGUGCAAGUUCUCCCACUUAAAAAGAUGAGAGGCCUGUAAUUUUCAUCAUAGGUACACGUCAACUAUGACAGACAAAUUGAGAAAAAAAUCCAGAAAAUCACAUUGUAGGAUUUUUUAUGAAUUUAUUUGCAAAUGAUGGUGGAAAAUAAGUAUUUGGUCACCUACAAACAAGCAAGAUUUCUGGCUCUCACAGACCUGUAACUUAUUCUUUAAGAGGCUCCUCUGUCCUCCACUCGUUACCUGUAUUAAUGGCACCUGUUUGAACUUGUUAUCAGUAUAAAAGACACCUGUGGUUGUGGACCUCAAACAGUCACACUCCAAACUCCACUAUGGCCAAGACCAAAGAGCUGUCAAAGGACACCAGAAACAAAAUUGUAGACCUGCACCAGGCUGGGAAGACUGAAUCUGCAAUAGGUAAGCAGCUUGGUUUGAAGAAAUCAACUGUGGGAGCAAUUAUUAGGAAAUGGAAGACAUACAAGACCACUGAUAAUCUCCCUCGAUCUGGGGCUCCACGCAAGAUCUCACCCCGUGGGGUCAAAAUGAUCACAAGAACGGUGAGCAAAAAUCCCAGAACCACACGGGGGGACCUAGUGAAUGACCUGCAGAGAGCUGGGACCAAAGUAACAAAGUCUACCAUCAGUAACACACUACGCCGCCAGGGACUCAAAUCCUGCAGUGCCAGACGUGUCCCACUGCUUAAGCCAGUACAUGUCCAGGCCCGUCUGAAGUUUGCUAGAGUGCAUUUGGAUGAUCCAGAAGAGGAUUGGGAGAAUGUCAUAUGGUCAGAUGAAACCAAAAUAGAACUUUUUGGUAAAAACUCAACUCGUCGUGUUUGGAGGACAAAGAAUGCUGAGUUGCAUCCAAAGAACACCAUACCUACUGUGAAGCAUGGGGGUGGAAACAUCAUGCUUUGGGGCUGUUUUUCUGCAAAGGGACCAGGACGACUGAUCCGUGUAAAGGAAAGAAUGAAUGGGGCCAUGUAUCAUGAGAUUUUGAGUGAAAACCUCCUUCCAUCAGCAAGGGCAUUGAAGAUGAAACGUGGCUGGGUCUUUCAGCAUGACAAUGAUCCCAAACACACCGCCCGGGUAACGAAGGAAGCAUUUCAAGGUCCUGGAGUGGCCUAGCCAGUCUCCAGAUCUCAACCCCAUAGAAAAUCUUUGGAGGGAGUUGAAAGUCUGUGUUGCCCAGCGACAGCCCCAAAACAUCACUGCUCUAGAGGAGAUCUGCAUGGAGGAAUGGGCCAAAAUACCAGCAACAGUGUUUGAAAACCUUGUGAAGACUUAUAGAAAACGUUUGACCUGUGUCAUAGCCAACAAAGGGUAUAUAACAAAGUAUUGAGAAACUUUUGUUAUUGACCAAAUACUUAUUUUCCACCAUAAUUUGCAAAUAAAUUCAUUAAAAAUCCUACAAUGUGAUUUUCUGGAUUUUUAAAAAUCAUUUUGUCUGUCAUAGUUGACGUGUACCUAUGAUGAAAAUUACAGGCCUCUCUCAUCUUUUUAAGUGGGAGAACAUGCACAAUUGGUGGCUGACUAAAUACUUUUUUUCCCCACUGUAUAAGCUGGAAGUAGAAGCCUAAGUGUUGUUCAUUAGUUUACUUCAAUUAGGGGAGGAGUGGUAGGGUUAGGGGAAAAUAAUAAAGAAGGAAAAUGAAUUAAAAAUAUAUAUUUUUAAAAAUAUAUGGGGGAUUGGAAAUGAUGCAGACAAUUAUCUGCAAUAUUAAAGCUAUAUAUUCUACCCCCUAAAAAAAAAACAUACUGAACAAAAAUAUAAACACAACAUGGAAGGCGUUGUUCCCAUGUUUCAUGAGCUGAAAUAAAAGAUCCCAGAAAUGUUCCAUACGCACAAAAAGCUUAUUUCUCUCAAAUGUUGCACAAAUUUGUUUACAUCCCUGUUAGUGAGCAUUUCUCCUUUGCCAAGGUAAUUCAUCCACCUGACAGGUGUGGCAUAUCAAGAAGCUGAUUAAAUAGCAUUAUCAUUACACAGGUGCACCUUGUGCUGGGGACAAUAAAAGGCCACUCUAAAAUGUGCAGUUUUGUCACACAACACAAUGCCACAGAUGUCUCCAGUUUUGAGGGAGCAUGCAAUUGCCAUGCUGACUGCAGGAAUGUCCACCAGAGCUGUUGCCAGAGAUUUUAAUGUUCAUUUCUCUACUAUAAGCCGCCUCCAACGUAGUUUUAUAGUAUUUGCCAAUACAUCCAAACAGCCUCACAACCGUAGACCACGUGUAACCAUGCAAGCGCAGGACCUCCACAUCCGGCUUCUUCACUUGCAGAAUCGUUUGAGACCAGCCACCCGGAUAGCUAAUGAAGCUGAGGAGUAUUUUUUUAUUAUUUUUUUACCCCCUUUUUCUCCCCAAUUUCGAUCUUGUCUCAUCGCUGCAACUCCCCAACGGGCUCGGGAGGCGAAGGUUGAGUCAUGUGUCCUCCGAAACAUGACCCACCAAACCGUGCUUCUUAACACCCACCCGCUUAACCCGGAAACCAGCCGCACCAAUGUGUCGGAGGAAACACCGUUCACCUGACGACCGAGAUCAGCCUGCAGGCGCCCGACCCACCACAAGGAGUCGCUAGAGCGCGUUGAGCCAAGUAAAGCCCCCCCGGCCAAACCCUCCCCUAACUCGGACGGCGCUGGGCCAAUUGUGUGCCACCCUGUGGGACUCCCGAUCACGGCCGGUUAUGAUACAGCCCGGGAUCAAACCCGGGUCUGUAGUGACGCCUCUAGCACUGCGAUGCAGUGCCUUAGACCGCUGUGCCACUCGGGAGGCCCACUGAGGAGUAUUUAUGUCUGUAAUAAAGCCCUUUUGUGGGGCAAAACUCAUUCUGAUUGGCUGGGCCAUGGCUGCGCCCCUGCCCAGUCAUGUGAAAUCCAUAGAAUAGGGCCUAAUGAAUUCAUUUCAAUUUACUGAUUUCCUUAUAUGAACUGUAACGCCGUAAAAUCGGUGAAAUUGUUGCAUGUUGCGUUCAUAUUUUUGGAAAUUUAUUAAAAUUAAAAAUAAAGAUCUUAUUUACAUAAGUAUUCAGAUUCGUCGCGAAAUUGAGCUCAGGUGCAUCCUGUUUCCAUUGAUCAUCCUUGAGAUGUGGUAAAUUCAAUUGAUUGGACAUGAUUUGGAAAGGCACACACCUGUCUAUAUAAGGUCCCACAGUUGACAGUGCAAGUCAGAGCAAAAACCAAGCCAUGAGGUUGAAAGAAUUGUCCAUAGAGCUCUUGUGUUGAGGCACAGAUCUGGGGAAGGGUACCAAAAAAUGUCUGCAGCAUUGAAGGUCCCCAAGAACACAGUGGCCUCCAUCAUUCUUAAAUGGAAGAAGUUUGGAACCACCAAGACUUUUCCUAGAGCUGGCCGCCCGGCCAAACUGAGCAAUCGGGGGAGAAGGGCCUUGGUCAGGGAGGUGACCAAGAACCCGAUGGUCACUCUGACAGAGCUCCAGAGUUCCUCUGUGGAGAUGGGAGAACCUUCCAGAAGGACAACCAUCUCUGCAGCACUCCACCAAUCAGGCCAUUAUGGUGGAGUGGCCAGACGGAAGCCACUCCUCAGUUAAAGGCAUAUGACAGCCCGCUUGGAGUUUGCCAAAAGGACUCCGACCAUGAGAAACAAGAUUCUCUGGUCUGAUUAACCAAGAUUGAAUUAUUUGGCCUGAAUACCAAGCGUCAUGUCUUGAGGAAACCUGGCAUCAGCCCUAAGGUGAAGCAUGGUGGUGGCAGCAUCAUGCUGUGGCAAUGUUUUUCAGCGGCAGUGACUUGGAGACUAGUCAGGAUUAAGGGAAAGGUGAACGGAGCAAAGUACAGAGAGAUCCUUGCUGAAAACCUUCUCCAGAGCGCUCAGGACCUCCGACUGGGACAAAGUUUCACCUUCUAGCAGAACAACACCUCUAAGCACACAGCCAAGACAACGCAGGGGUGGCUUCGGGACAAGUCUCUGCAUGUCCUUGAGUGGCCCAGCCAGAUCCUGGACUUGAACCCGAUCGAACAUCUCUGGAGAUACCUGAAAAUAGCUAUGCCGCGACGCUCCCCAUCCAACUUGACAGAGCUUCAGAGGAUCUGCAGAGAAGAAUGGGAGAAACUCCCCAAAUACAGGGGUGCCAAGCAUGUGGCGUUAUACCCAAGAAGACGCGAGGCUGUAAUCGCUGCCAAAAGUGCUUCACCAAAGUACUGAGUAAAGGGUCUGAAUACUUAUGUAAAUGUGAUAUUCCGUUUUUUUUAUUUUACAUACAUUUUCAAAAAAAUCUUAACCUGUUUUUGCUUUGUCAUUAUGGGGUAUUGUGUGUAGAUUGACGAGGAGAAAGAUAAAAUAAUCGAUGGCUGUAACGUCACAAAAUGUGGAAAAGGUUGAGGAGUCUGAAUACUUUCCGAAUGCACUGUGUGUGUGUGUGUGUGUGUGUGUGUGUGUGUGUGUGUAUAUAUACAGUACCAGUCAAAACUUUGGACACCUACUCAUUCCUGGGUUUUUCUUAAUUUUUUCUAUUUUCUACAUUGUAGAAUAAUAGUGAAGAAAUCAAAACUAUGAAAUAACACAUGGAAUCAUGUAGUAACCAAAAAAGUGUUAAAGAAAUCAAAAUACAUUUUAUAUUUGAGAUUCUUAAAAGUAGCCACCCAUUGCCUUGAUGACAGCUUUGCACACUCUUGGCAUUCUCUCAACCAGCUUCAUGAGGUAGUCACUUGGAAUGCAUUUCAAUUAACAGGUGUGCCUUGUUAAAAGUUAAUUUGUGGAAUUUCUUUCCAUCUUAAUGCGUUUGAGCCAAUCAGUUGUCUUGUGACAAGGUAGGGGUGGUAUACAGAAGAUAGCCCUAUUUGGAAAAAGUCCAUAUUAUGGCAAGAACAACUUAAAUAAGCAAAGAGAAACAACAGUCCAUCAUUACGUUAAGACAUGAAGGUCAGUCAAUCCGGAGUGCAGUCGCAAAAACCAUCAAGCGCUGUGAUGAAACUGGCUCUCAUGAGGACCGCCACAGGAAAGGAAGACCCAGAGUUACCUCUGCUGCAGAGGAUAAGUUCAUUAGAGUUACCAGCCUCAGAAAUUGCUUCACAGAGUUCAAGUAACAGACACAUCUCAACAUCAACUGUUCAGAGGAGAAUGCAUCAGGCCUUCAUGGUCGAAUUGCUGCAAAGAAACCACUACUAAAGGACACCAAAAAGAAGAAGAGACCUGCUUGGACCAAGAAACACGAGCAAUGGACAUUAGACCGGUGGAAAUCUGUCCUUUGGUCUGAUGAGUCCAAAUUUGAGAUUUUUGUUUCCAACCGCCGUGUCUUUGUGAGAUGCAGAGUAGGUGAACGGAUGAUCUCCGCAUGUGUGGUUCCCACCAUGAAGCAUGAAGGCGAAGAUGUGAUGGUGUAGGGGUGCUUUGCUGCUGACACUGUCAGUGAUUUAUUUAGAAUUCAAGGCACACUUAACCAGCAUGGCUACCACAGCAUUCUGCAGCGAUACGCCAUCCCAUCUGGUUUGCGCUUAGUGGGACUAUCAUUUGUUUUUCAACAGGACAAUGACCCAACACACCUCCAGGCUGACCAAGAAGGAAAGUAAUGGCGUGCUGCAUCAGAUGAUCUGGCCUCCACAGUCCCCCAACCUCAACCCAAUUGAGAUGGUUUGGGAUGAGUCGGACCGCAGAGUGAAGGAAAUGCAGCAAACGAGUGCUCAGCAUAUGUGGGAACUCCUUUAAGACUGUUGGAAAAGCAUUCCAGGUGAAGCUGGUUGAGAGAAUGCCAAGAGUGUGCAAAGCUGUCAUCAAGGCAAAGGGUGGCUACUUGGAAGAAUCCAAAACCUAAAAUAUAUUUUGAUUUGUUUAACACUUUUUUUGGUUACUACAUGAUUCCAUAUGUUAUUUCAUAGUUUUGAUGUCUUCACUAUUAUUCUACAAUGUAGAAAAUAGUAAAAAUAAAGAAAACCCCUUGAAUGAGUAGAUGUGUCCAAACUUCUGACUGGUACUGUAAAUACUUGCACGCACAUAUGCACACACACUGAUUAUUUCUGUAUAUGCAGCUCCCAUAAGGCUCCCUGCUAUAACCUCUCCUCUCCUCUUGUUUGUCCCGUUAGAACGGCAUCAUGCAGCACCCAGCCCAAAGUGCCCCUGACUCUGUGCACCCAGGCUGGGCGAGGGGUCACCAUCGUCAGCCCCUCCUCCACUUCUCUGGGGGCCAUCGUUCCAGGGCCUGACUUCAACAAGCCCCUCCCCAUCUGUCCCGGCUCUGCCCCCUCCAGCCCCUUACCUGCUGCCAUGGUGUCGGCUGCUCACGUGGCGACCGGACAGGCCAAGGUUCUCAUGCACAUGACCUCCCAGAUGACUGUUAACCAGGCACGCAACGCUGUCAGGACAGGUAGGAUCACCUACUAGGGGAAUGGAGGUGUGCAAGUAUACAUUCUAUGUUUGCCUGAGGGUGGGAUAGUGUAUUUGAUUGUGAAAGUAUGUGUGUAUGAUCUAAACCUGUGCCUCUCCUCUGGCCCUAGCAGCCUGCAACAGUCAGGACAGGCCCACCGCUGCUGUGACACCCAUCCAGUCCCAGAACUCUGUAGCCUUUCUGCCCCACCUGGCUAUGUGCCAGUCCCAGCCCCCCUCCUCCAACCCUGCCCAGGGCUGUGUCCGUGCCGGUGUGGCACUGAGCUGUGCAGCCGCCUCCCUCACCCCGCCCAACGUCAGUGCCGCCUCGCUGGAUCGUGAUGCCCUGCGACCAGUGGCGGACCUCACCAUGCCCGUCGCCCCAGGCAACGGCAACUCCACGUCAGCUAAUUCCUCCCUCGCCUGUCGGCUAGACAAGGACGGCAAGGUGGGCAUUCAUGAUAGCACCCUAGCCAUCAGUAUUGCUAUCAGCAAUGUUAGCAUAUUUCUCAUGUUUGCAUUUACUUCUAUUAUGCCUAGCAUACUUGACUGGUAUUCAACACGUCUCCAGUGGAUUGCUAAAUUAGAUCACAUUAGCCUGGAGUGUCUGGUGCUCUUGUUUACUUCAGAGUAUUUUGAAUACCAUGCGCUCUGUAUGUUGUUGAACACAGAGGAUGUUCCAGUUUAUCUUAAGAAACACAUUUACUCACAGAGCUCAUCUGUUUCACUGGCGAGCCUUAGAGUUAGAGAGAGACUAGAGAUGGGAGUCAGUCCAGGCCAGCCAACACAAACAGAACAGGCAGCUGGCAGCAGGCCUGAUGACAUCAUUACAACACUGAUUAGUCAGCCAACAGCCUAAUGACCAAGACAAUGGAUUCUGUUUAUGCAGAUUCUAAUGUCCACACAAUUAGUUCCUGUAAGACGGUCUAUAUCCAGCCUACACCAUUAUCAGACAAGUGCAUGGGAGUAGUAGCAACAUAAUUGACUUUCUUAUCGCGCUUUCUCUCUGUUUCGUUCUGCAGAGGGAGAAGAAAGGUCUUCUGAAGCUGUUGUCGUCUAACAAGAAGAAGUCUCGCCCUUCUCCCCCCUCCUCCCCCACCCUGGAGGCAGAGCAGGCUGCUACAGGGGAGGUCUUCCAAAGGGCCAUGGGCCCCGACACCACCCCGUCCCCCUUGCUGUCCUCCACCCCCGUUGGCGUGGGUAACCAUGGCCGUCCAGUCCCCUUCCCCGUGGAGCCUGAGCCUACUUUAGCCACCCCAUACACUUCAUCCUCAGCCCCAGAGUUAACACACCGUAAGAGCAGCCCCCUGGACGGCUGUGCCCCCAUCGCCCCGCCUCCUCGUCAGGCAUGCUCCUCGCUCAUCUCCCAGCAGCACGACGCUCGGCCAAUCAUAUGCGAGAGGUACUGCAUUUCUUAUAUCAUAGGACAGUGACAUGUAGUUAUAAAAAUGGUCUGUCUGAUGAUGUGUGAUUCUGCUGGAUGUGUGUCUGUGUGUAGCGUUUCUGGUCUCCUGUGAUUCUGCUGGAUGUGUGUGUGUGUCAGUACAGUAUCCUCUCUGAUCCCGCCCCUCUCCUCCCCAGGUACAGAGUGGUGGAGUCCUACCCCCCUCAGAGUGAGGCAGAGCUGGAGCUGAAGGAGGGAGACAUAGUGUUUGUCCACAGGAAGAGAGAGGACGGCUGGUUCAAAGGAACACUCCAGAGGAACGGCAGGACCGGACUGUUUCCUGGCAGCUUCGUAGACAUCAUCUGA